ACUAUCGCUCACUCUGAGUCGGACAACCCACACAACAUGUUGAGGUGACGGAUACGGAAUCGUCGGAGUGCGCGGCCUUUCAACUGAAACUGAAUCGAAUUUUUGUUUCGCGUUUUCGUUCGCAUUCUUCCCGCUUUUCGAGUGCCAAAUAUUUGAUAAAAUGAAAAUACAAAAAGUGAAAUGAAAUAGAAAUUUUGGCGCACAGCUUGAAUUAUUUUUGGUGAUGGAAAAUCCCAAGAGUUUAACUGCAAAAUGAAAUAAUAAUAAUAUUUAAAAAUAUACUUUGGUUUACUUUGUGAUUUCAUUUUCUUCGCUGGCCAUGUGCAAAGAUUAAGUUGGCCGAAAUCAAAGAGUUUGAAGACGACCGUUUAAUUCAACUGAUAAGCUGUUGUCUUAUCAAAUCUGUGUGUGUGUGUGUCUGUGUCGAUAGUGCAAAAAAGAAAAAGAAAAUAAAAAGAAUACAAUCAAACUGCAAAACGGCAAUUAGGUUCUCCCAGAAGCUGCGAAGUGGAAACAAAGCGUAAUAAGUUGGGAGGAAAUCAGCCAUUUGGAUCAUCGGAAUAUUCCAUUUAGCCAGCAUGGAGAGUCCCGUCUGAUUGCACCAAUCCGAACGCACCGAGAGAGUGAAACUUGUUUCCCAGGAAGUGAGCAAUCGACCAAGAAGGAUGGCCUCGCUGCACCAGAAACGUCCCAGCAUCAGUAACUGGUUCUCCUCGCUUCGGCGGCAGCCCAAAAAUAAGAAGAGCUCCUCCGCCUUGGGAGGCAGUGGCAGCUUUGGCAGCAAGCAGCAGCUGCAGAGGAGCUGCUUCGACCUUUCCUCGACGGCGGUGGGUGUGGGUGGCGGAGUGAAUGUGGGCGUGGGUGUGGGGUACUCUGGAGCCGGAUCGCCUGGAAGUCGACGAAGCAACAGUACUUUUUACAUCAACCCCCUGAAUGCAUCCUCUGCUGGUGUCAAGGACGAUCGCCGUCGUCUGGUGGAAGCGGGCAGCAGUAGUGGCAGCAGCUUGAGCAGCGUUUGCACUCGCUGCUUUUGCAACCUUCUCGUGAAAAGCGAGGCAAGCAAAGAGCCCACGCCCCUGCCCACGCCGAAACCAGCACUCAAGGUUACCCUUAAACCUCCCGCCAAACCCCGCUCCCCCUCUCUGGCGCCCUACACCAGCGUGGCCACGUAUAACAUCACCAGCCUAUCGCCGGAAAGCCCACCGCCUGCCAGCCCAGCGCCCGCCAGUCCAACGCCAGUCAAUCCCACAUUGAGCACUGAAACCGUGAGCUGCAGCGAUGUGACACGUAAGGUUACCCUGCAACGGCUGCCCUGCGAGGAACCCAACACGGAGCUCUUUAACAAGAGAUCGGAGUUCACGCGCAUCAACACCACGACGACAACGAGGACUCUGAUUGUGUCCCGACCAGUGGAGCUGCUACUGAAUGAGAAGGGAGAAAUAAUCUCAAGGCGGUCACCCCGCAAAACGCGCUCCAACUCUUUGGGUUGCAUGCUGGACGUGGACAGUGAAACGGAAAAUCCCGGACUGCAGCUGGAAACGGAUCCCAGUUCGGAUCUGAGUUCCCCGCUCACACCCGAUACCGGCGAUCUGCGCUUCAUCGACGACAGCUCCAAUUCGCAGAGUGAAUCCGAGAGAAACUCGAUCAGCCACAACAACAACAACAAUAAUAAUGUGACCCACAAUAACAACAACAGCAACGGCAGUAGCAAGCGGGGCAGCCAGCAAUCCAAUCUCUGCGAGAGUUGUCGCACGCUCCUCGAGCGAAACCGCAGCAAUGCGGAGCAGAGCGGCAAUCUGGUCAUCCUCAGGCGGCCGGGAAAGCAAAUCAAAGAUGAGUUGUGCGAGGUUGUCUCGGAGAUGGAGGCGCUCGACGUGCCCGAAGACUGCAAGCAUUCCAACAAGGAUAAACAGAUGUCCAUUGGCCGCAAGAAGUUCAAUAUGGACCCGAAAAAAGGCAUUGAGUAUCUCGUAGAGAACAGACUGCUCCGCCACGAUCCCCAGGAUGUGGCACACUUCCUUUACAAGGGCGAGGGGCUGAACAAAACGGCCAUUGGCGAUUACCUCGGCGAAAAGAACGAUUUUAAUGAGGAUGUGCUGAAGGCCUUCGUGGCGCUCCACGACUUCACCAAUCUCAUUCUAGUGCAAGCCCUCAGACAAUUUCUGUGGUCGUUUCGCUUGCCCGGCGAGGCGCAAAAGAUCGAUCGCAUGAUGGAGACCUUCGCACAGCGCUAUUGCCAACUGAAUCCGGAUAUAUUCACCAACACGGAUACCUGCUACGUGCUCAGCUUCGCCAUUAUAAUGCUCAAUACAUCGCUGCACAAUCCAUCGGUUAAAGACAAACCUACCGUUGAGCAAUUCAUAUCGAUGAAUCGUGGCAUCAACAACGGCGGAGAUUUGCCCCGCGGCCUGCUGGAAUCCCUCUAUGAGUCCAUUCGAACGGAGCCAUUCAAAAUACCCCAGGACGAUGGCAAUGAUCUGAUGCACACCUUCUUCAAUCCCGACAAGGAGGGCUGGCUAUGGAAGCAGGGCGGCAGAUACAAAUCGUGGAAACGACGUUGGUUUAUUCUGAACGACAAUUGCCUAUACUAUUUUGAAUACACCACCGAUAAGGAGCCGCGUGGCAUUAUACCGCUGGAGAACAUAUCAGUGCGCGAGAUCCACGAUCGCAGCAAACCGCACUGCUUUGAGCUGUUUGCCACUGGCGGAGCUGACAUCAUCAAGGCAUGCAAGACUGACUCCGAGGGCAAGGUGGUAGAGGGCAAGCAUACGGUGUACCGCAUGUCCGCUGCUACGGAGGAAGACCAGCAAGAGUGGAUCAAACGCCUGACGCAGUCCAUAAGCCACAAUCCGUUCUAUGACAUCCUAGUACAAAGAAAGAAAAAGGCGCUCAGCAAGAGUUAAUAUUAGGUCUGAGCUGGGCGCAACUUUUGUCUUGGAUCUCAGUGAAACUUUGCUACGCGUGUGUGGCUGCUCUCUCCCCGUAUAAAAACGAAUGCAUAUGCAUAUACCUAAAUUAUAUAUUUAAUCGUUGUGAGUGUGUGAGAAUUCCCAUGUUGAACCAAUGCCUGUACUUCGUUCACCUUGAGGUUUGUUCCGAUCCCCAACUAUGUCUUUGAAUUCUGUUUGAUUGACUCGAAACAAGCCAUCACACGCCGACGCACUUCGAACCACAAACUUUGUCUCUAUUGUUGUGAUAUAAUUUAUUUACAUUAAGCAUAACCGAUAUGAAUGAUAUGAGAAAUAACUACAAUAACUGAAAAUUGCAUCAAUAAGAAAUACACAUUUAUACACAUUUUCAUUAGUGCAAA